UCCAUCGAUAACCUCGCGGGAAUGCGAUGGAGGGGGCGAUGCCUUGCUUCGAAUGCUUGCAGCGCCGCAUCGAGGCCGAUUUCUCCUCCGAUGUGCUAUUCCGAUACAGCAUCUCCGACUCUGCCCUCCCCUUCGGCUCCUCCGCCGUCAUCCAGUGCACCAAUUAAUGUCCAACACUGUGAGUUUUGGAGAAUAAUAUUUUACCACUCACUUCAGAUCUGCUCGGCUGUGGCAGCGGACAAUAUAGGCAGUGAGAAGAUUUCUACUCAAUUUGUACUAGCAGUAUCAGUUGAUACGGAGGAAAGGGGGGUUGCAGCAAAUGGUGAAGAUCAAUCAACUUCAUCUGAAAAUGGUGGAUGCCAAAACCAAGAUGAUGUCGGGACUUCAGGGAUGAGGAUGACAGCAACUUUGUCUCCAUUUGCAUCCAUUUGCAGAGGUUCUUUUUCCGCAAUUGAAGAUCUUUUGAAGAAAUACGAAUCUUGCUUGAUUGAGGACCAAGUCAUGUCAUCACUAAAUCUCCUUGUUGAAGGAAAAGUGGCUGGGCGGUAUGGUUUGGAUUUUCUAAAUUUAGUUGGAUGUCCUGCAUUUUGUGAGAGCAGGAUUCCUGGAUCUGUGAGACAUCCUAAUAUCACCCCAAUUUUAGGUUUUCUCAAAACACCUGGUUAUAGUUAUUUAUUGCAUCCUAAAGCUCCUUACUCUAUGGAAGGCAUUCUUCACUAUAGCCCAAAGGCAUUGGAGUCUGAAUGGCAUGCAAGAUUCUUAAUCUACCAGAUAGUCUCAGCUCUACAUCAUAUCCACAGUCAGGGUAUUGCUCAUGGCAACAUAUGCCCUUCCAACGUAAUGUUGACUGAUUCGUCUUGGGUUUGGCUAAGCAUUGUUGAUAUGCAUACCAUGAGGAAUAAUUUGAGUUCAAAAGUUUCUUCAUGUUCUUCCUUAAAGACAUACUGUUGCAUGGAAGAUUGCCCUUGUCAAACUAUAUACGCUGAUCUGAAACUUUCAGCUUGUAUACAUUGGCAUUCUGAUUUCAAACGGUGGUAUACCGGUGAACUGAGCAACUAUGAAUAUCUUUUGGUUUUAAAUAGAUUGGCUGGGAGAAGGUGGGGUGACCAUGCAUUUCAUACAGUAAUGCCUUGGGUCACAGACUUCAGUGUAAAACCUGAUGAAAGUUCUGAUAUUGGUUGGAGGGAUCUUAAAAAAAGCAAAUGGAGGUUGGCCAAAGGUGAUGAACAAUUGGAUUUCACAUAUUCAACUUCAGAAAUUCCCCAUCAUGUUUCUGAUGAAUGUCUUUCAGAGCUAGCAGUCUGCAGCUACAAAGCAAGAAGAUUACCUCUACGAAUUCUUCGCUCUGCUGUUCGUUCUGUUUAUGAACCUAAUGAAUAUCCAUCAAACAUGCAGAGGCUUUAUCAAUGGACUCCAGAUGAAUGCAUUCCUGAGUUUUACAGUGAUUCUCGAAUUUUCUUCUCUCUUCAUUCCGGAAUGAGUGAUUUGGCUGUACCAUCUUGGGCGAAAUCUCCUGAAGAGUUUAUUUUGUUGCAUCGAGAUGCUUUAGAAAGUGAGCGCGUGUCCAAAAAUCUACAUCACUGGAUUGACAUAACUUUUGGUUACAAGCUUUCCGGCCAAGCAUCCAUUGAAGCGAAGAAUGUAAUGCUUCCUGCAUCUGAUCCUUUGAUUCCUAAGUCAAUGGGUCGUCGGCAGUUGUUUACUAAGCCACAUCCCAUGCGCCAAGUUGUCACUUCUCGAUAUUAUAAAAGCAAGGAAAGCUCUAGUUCAUGUAUUUAUGGUUCCUCACAAACUCUUCCAAAGGAACAUUCCAUUUCAGAAAAUAGUUGGUUGGAAAGUUUGGAGGGAGCAACUUUAUUUUGUGAGUAUGCAGGCUAUUUGAAUCCAAUCUAUAGGUACGAUAAUCUUCCAUCCUUAAAACUUGCAAAGAAUCAUAAACUUGAAAAAGACACUUUGGCACAGCCUGGCAGUGACAUCCCAACACCUUAUAUGGUCCUGGGCAACCUUAUUGAUUAUUUAGAGGUUGAUGAUAGUGGUCCCACGGGUUUUCAGGAGUUGUUGCGCUGGAAGCAUAGUUCAUCGUCUUUGGGCAUCUCUUCUGAAAUGCUUGCAGAUGACAUAUUUUCUGUUGGGUGUUUACUUGCUGAAUUUUACUUGAAGAAACCUCUGUUUGAUCCUAUUUCGAUUGCUGCAUACAAAGAAAAUGGUGUUCUACCAGGGUUGCUACAGGAACUUCCUCCUCAUGUUGUGCUUCUUGUUGAACAAUGUAUACAGAAGGACUGGACAAGGAGACCAUCGGCUAAAUGUUUGUUGGAAUCACAGUACUUCCCUCCCAGCAUCAGAUCUGCAUAUCUCUUUCUUGCGCCCCUUCAACUCAUUGCUAAACCUGAAUCUCGCAUUCAGUAUGCUGCAAAAAUUGCAAAUAAAGGAGGAUUGAAAGUAAUGGGAGCAUUUACUGCAGAAAUGUGUGCCCCUUACUGUUUGUCGCUCAUCAUGUCAUCUUCUUCAGAUGUUGAAGCAGAAUCAGCAUUGUUUCUACUGAAAGAGCUUUUGAGGUGCUUAAGCUCUAGAGCAAUAGUAGCACUAAUCUUGCCCGCCAUUCAGAAGAUAUUACAGGUAUUGGAAUACUCACAUCUGAAAGUUUCUCUCCUUCAAGAUUCUUUCAUACGGGAUUUAUGGAAUCGAUUAGGGAAACAAAUUUAUCUGGAAAAGAUGCAUCCAUUAGUAAUUUCUAACUUAAUAAGAUCCCCAGACAAGAUCUCCACUUCUGCUGCUUCUGUGGCAUUGAUUGGUUCCUGUGAGGAACUUGGCUUUCCCAUAUCUGUCCAUCAAACCAUCCUGCCACUGAUCUACUCUUUUGGGAAAGAAUGUUGUGCUGAUGCAGUUGAAGCCCUGGUUAGAAUUGGUGGUCUUCUUGGUGGAAACUUUAUAAUCAAGCACCUUCUUCCCCUUCUAAGGAACGUGGUUCUCUCUUGUAUGGAUAUUUCUCACGUCAGUAAGCCUGAGCCUGUGCAAAGCUGGAAUUCCCUAGCUCUGAUUGGUUGUUUAUCUACUUUAGAUGGUCUCUUAUCCUUCUUGCCCUCUCAGGUGGUCGUCAAGGAGCUGAUUCAGAUUUUACAGGAUCAGGCAUUCCUCCAUGUUAAUCUUCUUAUGCAGACUCAUUUGGAUCUCUUUGUGACUAAGGUUGCUGCAAAUUCACUUAUUGUACUCUGUCAAAGGAUUGGACAAGAUUUGACUGCUUCAUUUGUCCUGCCACAACUCAAGGAUCUAUUUGAUGAGCUAGCCUUUUCUCAGAGAUCUGUCUCUGCACCUAAUUCUAUUGGAAGGAACUUAAAACUCGCCCGAUCGAAGUUAGAUGAAGAUGCCUGUAUAGAGAACAGAAUAGAUCUCGUGGUACUCUUGUAUCCUCGGCUGGCUGCUCUUAUUGGUAUAGAGAAACUUCGUCAAGGUUGUUUCACAUGGCUAAUUUUGGAGCAAAUGCUCGAGCGGCGCUACAACUGGAAGUGGAAUGCUGCUGGGGAAUCUUCGAGAGGCAGUUUUGAAAUAAUGGACUCCCCAAAGCUCAGUCUUUCCAAGUAUCAUCCGUCAGAAUACAAUUCCGCAAAACUGCUGCUUAAUGGGGUUGGUUGGUCCAUACCACAAUCACAAGGUGUUAGAUGUAGCAGGAAUUUAAUCAAUUCAAAGCAAGGAAGCGAACCUCGGCAUAUGGGGACAUCAAGUUUUGCAAACUAUGAGGCUUGGCAUUGGUUCACUGGUCCAGCUUCCACUCCAGAUGCAUCCGAUUUUCUUGGCCGGACUGGGGGUCAAAAAGAUGAGCUCACGUGGAAAAUUAAAGCAUCGGUUAUUCACUCAGCCCGUGCACACCCUGGGGUUCUGAGAUCUGUAGCCAUAUGUCAUGAUGAGUGCACUAUAUAUACUGGAGGGGUUGGUCCAGGUUUCAAGGGAAGUGUUCAAAAGUGGGAAUUAUCAAGAAUGAACUGCAUAUCUGGUUAUUACGGUCAUGAUGAGGUCGUAAAUGCUGUCUGUGUAUUAUCUGUAAGUGGAAGAGUUGCUUCUUGUGAUGGUACUAUUCAUGUAUGGAAUGGUCAAACGGGGAAGCUGAUAGCAGCAUACUCUGAAGCAUCUACAAAUUUUUUACACACAGCAAAAUUAAACUCUGAGCCGAACAACAUGCUGACUCCCAACACUCUAUCUGGUGGAAUACUGUCUAAUGCCUUCAAUGGUAGUUUGUACACAUGCAUGCAUCACAUUGACUUUGAUGAAAAACUUGUGGCUGGCAUGGGUAAUGGCUCAAUCAGGUUCAUUGAUGUUGUUAGAGAUCAAAAGCUGCAUCUCUGGAAAAGUGAUCCAGCUGAGUCAUCAUUUUCAUCUCUAAUAUCAGCCAUUUGUUCUUGUGGUUCUGAAAAUCAUUAUGCUGGAGCUAUUCACUCGCCACCCUGGAUGGCAGUUGGGUUAAGUUCAGGUCAUUGUCGGUUGCUUGAUGCAAGGAGUGGAAGUAUUAUUGCAAAUUGGCGAGCACAUGAUGGCUAUAUUACCAAGCUGGCCGCCCCGGAGGAUCAUCUGCUUGUCUCCAGUUCUUUUGAUAAAACAUUGCAAGUUUGGGACUUGCGAAGGAACCUGGGAACUCAAUCAAAUGUUUUCAGAGGCCAUUUGGAUGGUAUCUCUAGCUUCUCCAUCUGGGGCCAAGAUGUGAUCUCAGUUUCAAGAAACAAGAUUGGGUUAACAUCCCUUUCCGGAUUAACAGACGAGGGCGGGCAACACCGGCUUUUACCUCAGACUCUAUAUUCUGCUGACAGGGGGACGAAGAACCUCUCGCUUCUUUCCACCGUUAGUGUCCUUCCUUACUCUCGAUUAUUUCUUGUUGGAACAGAGGAUGGCUAUCUGAAGGUCUGCUGCUAGUAUUUUGUGUUGUGUGUACGAUGCCGAUAUUAAGACUUUCUGUUAUAAAAGACAUGGAUUUUUGCUUGUAAUCUUCGUAAAUAUCUAAAAACGUUCAUAUAAAAUACGACCAAAUAAGUUUUUAGACAUUUUCA